CGAGCGGGAAGCUCGCCAGAAAACGUGAUCCCGUUUUAUAGUCCGAUCGCAUGCGUGGACUCGUAUUCCGGCACCGCAAAUUGCAUCAAUAAAAAAAUGCAUCUCUGAACGCAUCCUCGCAAAGUACGUCUGCUUUUAUAUUCAAAGUGAACAAACGGCCGGAUACUUGACGCAGUUCCGUUCCAUCCAAUUGAGCAACGAAGAUUUAUCGAAGAACGAGAUCGCCACCUAAAUCGACUAGGACUUCUAUUUUCAUCGUGAGAGAAGCGAAACUAACUCCAUCACGUCGAGCGCAGUCGACUCUUCAGCUCGUCGCGUCGGACAUGAACGCGAAUGACCGAAAUCAUGACAAGAUCACAACGACCGUGAAUUAACGAAGUUACACAUACAGGAACAUAUGAGAAUCGUCCUACGAGUUUCUAUCCAGAUUACCGAACAAUGGCUCUUCCUGCACAUAGCGUUAACGAACCCGCCGAUUUCGAUACAGCCAUAUCCACAACCGGUUAUGGAUUAUUUAAUGUGCUGCUGUUACUGGCGGUGUUGCCAAUUGCGUGGACCGUUGUUUUUGAUACUACUUCUGGCGGAUUCAUCUUGGCAUCAGCCGAAUACGAUUUCGAGCUUACGCUUUUUCGCAAAGGCAUGCUCGUUGCGUUUCCUUACAUAGGUAUGACAACGACUGCUUUUAUAUGGGAUUAUAUAACGCCCUACAUAAGUAUGAAAAUAUUGUUCAUCUUCGCAUUAUUAGGUGAUUCGAUUUUGAACAUUGUGAGUAGUGGUGUACGGUCGUUCUACAUAUAUCUACUAAUCAAAUUUAUCAGCGGGAUCUUCGUAGGCGGCCCGUUGGCGAUGGUGAUGACGUACCUGACAGAAUUCCAUUCGGCAACGUAUAAACCCCGUUUCACCACAUGGACGGGAUUUCUCUUCGCCAUAGCGAACAUCAUACCAGCAGUUACUGGCUUCGCGAUAUUACCGUUAGACUGGCACAUUGAUAUCCUUGGCCAAGACUACGACGCUUGGCGUAUAUACCUACUGAUCUGUUCAAUACCACCCGUCGUCGGCCUCGUGACGGCGACCAUGUUGCCGGAAAGCCCUAAGUAUCUCAUGGCAACUGGCAGGUCAGAUGCUGCCUUGAAAUUGCUUAGGAGGAUGUAUUGUAUGAACACCCGCCAACCUGCGGAUACGUUCCCGAUAAAAGCGCUGUUCGUUCGGCAAAAGACGCAAUUGGCGCGUCCCAUGCUCAAGGAGAGCCUCGAAAGGAUGCGCAUCUCGUUGUACAACACGAAGAUGCUACUGGCGAGUCAUCUGCCCGCUGUCUGCUUCGUAAGUUUCCUCCAAUUUGGAAGUAUGCUCGGAUUUCACAUAAUGAGACUGUGGGUGCCGCAACUUUUUAUUAUUGUCAGCAACUUUGACGAGGAAAAUUGGACACCGAAGGAAAGGCAGCCAACUUUCUGUGAGCUGUUGGACCCUCACGUGACUCUACCGGGCAGGCAAUAUUUAAAUUAUUCGAACUUUGACGAUGUAUUUUUCAAGUGGACCAUCUAUCCUGUGAUUUAUCUAAAUUCCACCAUUAUUGCAUCGUCUGCCGUUAUAUUUUCAUUUCUCGCCGGAUUCAUAAUGACUACUAAACUUCGAAAACAGAUCAUAAUGAUCACGGCCCUCCUGAUAUCGGUGGCAAGCAGUUUCGGAAUAAAUUGGGCGCAGUCUCCACCGUAUAUGCUGACGCUGGCGUCGGCGGUUAUCGUGACGACAAGAAUAGCGGGUAAUAUCGUUACCGCGGUGAAUGUCGACGUUAUUCCCGUCCCAUUAAGAGAUACGAGCAUCAAUAUCCUUACGAGCAUUGGAAAUGUUGCUGCUAUUGUGGGAAAUCUGAUUUUUUCCGCGCUUCUGGAGACUGAGUGCCUCACCGCUUUCAUAGGAAUGGGUUGUUUCUUCUCCGUCUGCCUCUGCAUAUCUCUAUUCUUUCCGCAAUCUGUGAAAGAACCGCCAGCGAAACCUACUGAAGUUAGUACAAAAUCGUGAAGAGCGCAAGACGCAAAUACUUCGAAAUCAUCCACAUAUACUCAGAAUUAAAAAUUCAAUUAAAUGUGUAGUUGCUUAAAAAUGCUCUAGACUAGACUGUGAUAUUUAUUUAAAACAAUUUAGCGGAAAAAAUUUUUUUUAAUUAUAACAAAUUUAAUGCUAAAUAAAUCUGCCUUUCUUAAAAGUAGAUGCAACAUAGUUUUUUAUAGAAUUCUAUGACUAUCUCUUUUUUAUUCUUUCCUAAUGCUGCUCAGCAUUAACAACGCGAUAUUUUUAAUGACUCACAAUAAAACAAGUACUUCCGACUUUUAUGAAAACGCAUCGUGUAUGCUGUUUAAAAAUCUUUCCUGACGAAAAGUUCCUGACGUUACGACAGUAAUUUAUCUUCGUAAAAGUUUAUAGCAUCAGAAACAAGAAACGUAGAUGUGAAUAUUACUUUUUACGAUUAUGAAAAUAUUGUCUAGUGCGGAAUAGCGUCAUUAAUCUUUAUAACCAUCUUGAAUCACCUUCGUUAUAUGUAUGUGAUACGCACUUUAUAAUGUACUUCUUAAAACAUCGUUAUAUUCGUUGACCCGAAAAUAAUCUUUAAUACACAA